AAAUAAAUGAUUAUAUAGAAUUAUAUAAAUCAAUCAGAUGGAAAAUUAAAUUCGGGAAUCUAAAAACUAAGAAAAGGUUUUCGACACAAUAAGACAGCAAAGAAUUUAGAUGAUUAAAAAUACUUUUAUUCUAAUUCUUGUUAUUGAAAGUGUUGUAAUCGUCAGUAUGCACUUAUAAUAAUUCAGGCCAAAUUUUUAUGUUAACAUAUUAUCAAAUGUACACACCCAAUAAAAGUGAGUUGUAUAGACUUUGGAUAUCCUUUUAUUACAGUUGUUAGGGAAAUAUUUGUUUUGAAAAUAAGAAUAUUUGCAGCAAUCUUUCUUAUUAAGAAAAAUAUCAUGAUGUCUAUUGUUAUAAUACUUCAACCAUGAAUAUAAUUAGAUAUGUGUUAAGUUCCAUUCUUAUAUUUAUCAUACUUUUGAUGUUCUUUGAUAUUUAUAGAAUCAUAAAAAUCAAGAACUCCUUAAAUAAUCGAAUAUUAUCUUAGGAUCUCGUUAAUUAAGCUGAAAAAUUUCAAAUUGUUAUUACUUUAUUAUUAGCCAUAUAUUAUGGGAUAUUAAUGAUUUUUAUAUUUGUAGUAGAUGGGGAAUGUAAUUCAAUUUUUUAGUAUUAGAUGGAAGUGCAUUAGGAUUGUCAUUCUAUGUUGGAGGUGUAGGAACAAUAUGUAAGAGGAAGGUUUUCAAGGACGACUUAUUUUGAAAAAUUGCUUAACCAAUAACUAAAUGAAUCAGAGAUAUAAUAAAAUUAUGAAUUUAAAACUAUCGAAGAAAAAGAAGAAAGUUUUUAUUCAGCAUAAGAAUGA